GAAGAAGAGCCGCACUCGGACAGGCCUGCGGGGUCCUUCCCCUCCCUGCCCAGCGGAGGGACUCCAGCCGGGAUGUCCCUUUGCAGCGGGGGGAGUUUAGCAACUCGAGGCCCCUAUGGGAAGAUGCAUUGACCCCCAGCUCACGGAAGCUUAUGCUCUAAUAAAUUUGUUAGUCUCUAAGGUGCCACAAGUCCUUUUUUUUUUUUUUUUUAUAAAAAUAAUAUAGUUGAGGUGGGGUUUUUUUCCUCUUUGGUUUCUGAGUCUCUAGGGGGCCCCUAGCUCAGGCUUUCAAGCUUUUCUGUGCCAUCAUGGGGGCUAGACUUUUUUUUUUUUUUUAAAUGAAAACUGGGAUGUUCACAUGACUCCAGGAACUGGGGCUUUAAGAAAACCACCACUCAUGAUAAAAUCACAACGGUUGUGUAUAGGGGAGGCGUGAUGGGAGUCUAGGGAAUUAUUUGCAGUCUGGAAGGUGGGUCUCGGUGCAGCAGCCUGUUGGGUCAGAAAGAUGCCUGCUCCAACAUCAGAAUUUUGGAACUAUGUCCCGGAAGAAAUCCUCGUCCAUAUAUUUUACUACCUGUCUUUCCGAGAUAGAUACACAGCCUUCCAAGUGUGCAAACAUUGGGCCGCAGCUGUUUCCACUAGCUCCGUGUGGCAUUUCACAGAGAUCAGUUGUGAUUCGGAGAACGAGGAGGGCAUGCUGCAGAGUUUACACCAGUUCCUGAGCCAGAUCAAACACCUGAGGAUUGUGUUUGAUCAGUCCAAGGAAAUAAAUCGGAAGAACGUCACCCACAUUCUAGACAUGUUGGCCAGGCAGAACUACAAGCUGCAGAAGCUAUGCAUCAUGUGCAAAGGGGAGAACCCUUAUUUCUACUCCGGCCAGGACAUCUUGCAGAGCAUACGAAAUAUAUGCCAGAGAGAAAACCAAAUAGACCUUCAGCAUAUUGAUUUCCGGAGAAUGCCGUUCACCCUGGAUGAUGGGCUUGUUGGACUCAUUGCUGCCAGCAGCCCAAACCUGCAUAGCUUGUUCAUCAACAAUCGCACUCUGGUUUGUAACGUGAAGCCAGAAACCAUCCGAGAGGUUCUGACUGUAUGUCCUAAGUUGUCUACCUUGGGAGUCUACUAUGCCAGCCUGUCUAACGAUGUGUUUGCAGAAUUGAUCAAGCCAGAGAGAGGGGCAUUCACACGCUUAGAUAUUUUUUGUGAGCGCUUGGACAAAUAUAUUCCAGUCAUCUCUGAAGAGCUUUGGGCUGCUGUGAUCCAGAAGCAUCCUCAACUCUGCGUAGACCUGGAGUUUGAUCACACAGUCCCUGCCUGGAAGAUACCACGAAUCCUAAAGCCCAAUAUACCCGUGGGUACUUUACAACUGAAUACUUUUACGUAUAUGGUGAACCAGGUUAGGUUUGUCACAAGCAGUUACAGCAGGACCUUAAACAGGCUGGUGCUCCACACAACCCCCUCGGAUGAUUUGAACUCCUCGCUAAUAGACCUGGCAAGGAAGUGUGUCAGUCUAACAGAGAUUCAUUGUUACUGUGUGGUUAGUCAGGAAGUGGUAGAUAGCUUCCUUGUACACUGCCUCAGUCUGAAACGAUACACUCUCAAGAUUACCAAAGAACGUCACCCCUGGAAACCGACAGUAGUUCAGUGAUGUACCUGUUUGACUAGAAGCCAGUUUGG